AACGUCGUCUAGUGUGCGCGGGCACGACAGUGCGGGAGCGCGCACCUCAACGCCAUCUGUCAGAGGGGGACCCCCUUACCACCCCUUCCAAAAAUACGCCUGCAACCUCAAAAAAACAUCGAAUUCUGUCUUUUAUCCUUCCGCUGAAGAGAAUCUAUUCAUAAAGCAGUCACUUCCAUGAUCCAGCGCUGCUCCAGCAUCACCUUUACAGCGACGCCCAUAGCAACGCCUCUGCGCAUCCUCAAUCUGCUUCUCUGACCCAGCAACACCGGCCGCCUUCCACCAAGCCAACAACCAGCCGCUUUUCAGCGACCUUCCAGACGCUGCAUCCAUUUCACGCCGACCCCUUUUCUUUUUAUCGCAAGGGACCAUGAACGCGCUGUGUGCAGUCAUUCUCUCAUCAGUCGAAGCCACUUCUCAUUGCGAAAGGCCGUCCUCCAGCUGAAACCCUGAGGGAUCCUCCUCUUUUGAAGUCACCUGUAAGUUCUGGCCUAUCAAGGAACUGGCAGCGGCACGGGAGCUCCGCCCACCACACCCUCUAAAUGAGGGACAAGGCCACUCAGACCCCUAGGGCCUGGGUAGAUGAGCGGAGGAGAGGCUCUCAUAAGCGAUCGGCUUCCUGUGGCAGUACAGACCAACUGAAAGAGAUUGCAAAACUACGGCAACAGCUCCAACGCAGCAAACGCAGCAGUCGUCAUCGCCGGGACAAAGAUCGCAAGUCACCCUUUAACGGCAACCAUGCAAUCAUCCAGUCACAGUCUCAGAUGCCUAAAACCAUCCUCAUUCCCAUCCCCAUCACCAAAUCCACACCUCCCAGAUUUCGGAACAGCAUAGAGGGGCUCAACCAGGAGAUUGAACGCAUCAUCAUACGAGACACUGUGGAACGAGAUGAGGUCAUAAUACCACAGGAUGUUCCUGACGGGCACCGCGCGCCCCCUCCCCUCCCCCAGCGCAGCAGCAGCACACGCAGCAUCGACACACAGACGCCCUCCAACGGCGGUCUGAGCAGUAACCGUAGCAACAGCAGCAGCCGAGCCGACUCCGUCUCUCCCUCAUACCUCAGCAUCCUCAAUGACACGGUCGGAAACAGUCCACUUGAUGACGCACUCAAUGAGAGCAAAGAAAGAGACCUGGGACCUUGGUCUCCUCUGCCCAAAUAUGCUUCGUCUCCAAAGCCCAACAACAGCUACAUGUUCAAGCGUGAGCCUCCGGAGGGCUGUGAAAGAGUUAAAGUUUUUGAAGAAAACCAGCCAAGGCCUCUCCAGGAGAUUCCUCCAUAUCUCUGCCCAGACAGAAACAAGGUGAACUUCAUACCCAAAAGCGGCUCUGCCUUCUGCCUGGUGAGCAUCCUGAAGCCUCUGCUCCCCACCCAAGAGCUGACCUUCCGCAGCGGGGUGAGCUACCGCAGCAUCUCCCCCUCCCUGGUGCCUCUGACUGGGGUCGGAGUAAGGAGCCUGUCCCCCUCCAUGGGCCCCGUCCUGUCCCGUGGACGUCAGUCACCAUGCCUCCCACGACACCUUGAGGAGCCAGAGGGAUAAAACAAUACUAAAUUCAGCUGAUGAACAGAGAUGUCAUUUUACCCACACACACACCUCCCGUGUCAUCUGAUAAAGAGUCAGAGCUUUGUUAUGAUUUUUUUUAAGAAGAUGUUCUGAGAAAUACAUCUGAAACUUGAACAUGAAGGGUUUUUGCUGUUAUUUAAAGGUAUUACGUGUUUUACAAAGUGGAUCACAGUGGAGGCUUUUCAGGAUGGUGGAUGUAAAUAGAUUUUUAGUACUGCACUGCUUUUUACUUUCUCGACGAUUUAUUGCAUUUUACCAUGAAGCCUUUGAAUUUUCUUAUGUAUAGCGGCAUCCUUUAACCUACACUAAAGUUUGGAACAAUGAGGAGCUUUUAAAAACUUUUUAAUAAUGGCUUUUUGCUCACCGAAGCUGCAGACAUUUGAUUAUAAAAAUUAAAUACAGUUAUUAAAACAGUUA